AAUCUAGGGAAUCCCACCUAGAAAUGAAAUAUAAUAUGAAAUUAGAAGGAAAUAUUUUAAGACAUGAAUAUCAAACGAGAGGAAUGAGAGAGAGAGGAAGAGAGAGAGCACGAGCAAGUGGUCAUCGCUCAAGGGAUGGGCGAUCUUUUCAGGGUAUUGAGAUAGAGAGAUCUCGAGGAAGGAGUAGGCGUCGGAGGAUAUAUCCAGCUGGCAAGAGGCGAUCGUCGGUUGAUCGUGUGCAGGACAAGAAGUCACAGUCUGGUGGAGCAUAUGAAAAAGGCUUGUAUAACCAAGCUACACCAUUUUUCUUCACCAAUUUCCCAGAAGAAUGGAGCUACGCAGAAAUGUGGAAGACUUUCUUACAAUUUGGAAGGGUUUAUGCCAUAUACAGCCCGAGAAGGAGGAACAGGAACGGUCACAGAUUUGGCUUUGUGCGUUUUCUGGAUGUCAUUGACAAAAAGGAGUUGGAAAGGAAACUUGAUCAGAUCUGGGUUGGUGACCGCAAACUGUGGGUGAACACUCCACGUUUUGAUGCCAUGGAAAAAAAGGAGAAGGUGCGGAGAAAUCCCCAAGGAGAGGAUCUGAGAUUUCCUCAUAACCCGUGGCCAAACAUACAUGGAAGAAGUUUUGCUGAUGUGGUGAAAGGAUCGAGAGGCACAGAUAGUAGAAUGAUUUGGCAAGAGAAAGGACCAGGGGAGAUUUGGCAAGGCAUGGAGUAUAAGGUAACACCUGAAGAUAGUUCAUGGCUUGAAGGAACUUAUGUGGGAACUGUCCAUUCUGUCGAGAUGGUCAGGAACUUACAGGAGAAAUUCUACAUGGAGGGUUACUUUCAUUGUCGAAUUCGAGCCAUGGGGGGUAAGCUGGUAUUGCUGGAUUGUGAUGACAAAGAGGAGCUGAAGGACCUGGUUGAGAUGGCUUCGGAAUGGCUUGGACAAUGGUUCAAAGAGGUCCAACCGUGGUCUCCAAAUAAGAUAGCUCAGGAGAGGUUUGUGUGGAUACGCUGCCAAGGAGCUCCAUUGAACGUUUGGGGAUCAGAUUUUUUUGAAAAAAUGGGGCGCUCUUGGGGUAAAUUCAUAUGCUUGGAUGACAACACAAGCAAAAAAAGGAGGUUUGACAUUGCAAGAAUGCUGAUAUCCACCCCGAUAAUGGAUACAAUCUCCGUUAGACGACAGAUUAUGAUCAAUGGCUCCAUUUACAACUUAAGGUUCUCGGAAGAGGAAUUCACAAAUAGCUUUUUCUCAUUAAAGCAGGAUUUUAUCCCUUAUUUUCAAAGUGAAUCAGAAGAAAAUGAAUCAUGGUCGUUAGGAAGCUCCAGGGAAGAUCUUGAUAUGCAGGAUGCAGGCGAAGUAAAGCAAACCGUUGAGGAGUCCGGAGGUGCAGCCGGAGAAGAAGAUGUAGUGGAGAGAUGCACAGGGGAUUCCAACGGUAAUGUCCAAUCCCAAGAACCUCAAGAUGGUGACAGGACAAUGGAAGCAGUGCCUGACAGCAUAGAGGAUUGUGAAAAUUUCAAAAUUCCAAAGGAUGGCGAAAACAGAGCAUGGGUAACUGGAUCGGAUCAAAAUGGGGGGAACGCCGUUUCUGAUGCAGGUUCAAAAAAUGGGGAAGGCUGUCUCUUGGGCUUGGUGAAGCAAAAUAUCAGGAAGUCAUUUGGUGAGGUGUCUAAAAGAAGAGUUGGGUCAGGUUGUGGCCCAAAUUGUGAGGAUCCCGAUCCUAUACCCCUGGCCCAAGACUCAACGGAAGGAGUUAGCCCACUUUCUAGUGGAAGGAGGGCUUUUAACGGAAACAAAACAGAGUGCUCUGGCCAUAGAAUCGGUGAAAGAAGGGGCAGUUCGGGGAGUAGCGAUGAGAGUGACGAGGUGAGUGCCGGCGAUGUGAGAGUGAGGCGGGUAACCGAAUCUCGAAAGGGAAGGAAGAUGAGGCUGAGAUCGUGCAGAUCUGUAUACAUGCAGGAUGUCUUGGCACAGUGGAAGCAGAGAAGGAAAAAGGGGAGAGGCAGCCGGAGCAAGCAGCCAUCGGGGGGGCAGAUCUUGCCAGAGUUUAUAGCUAACUCAACCGGUGCAGUGGCAGGUGAUUCUAUAGGGGACAGUGGGAUUCAGAACUGCAAUAGAUCUAUAAAAAGGAAGAUGCAACGGGAAUUGGCCAAAGAGAUUUGGGAGCUUGCCAAGCACUUAGGAGCGACGGCAGAGUGUGACGAGGAGGUAAUCUGCAGAAUUAAUGAAAUGGAGAAUAGAGAUAGCCAUGCCAAAGCUGUCACGGAGAAGAAAGCAGCAGGAGGGGCGAAGAAGAAAGUGGAAUUCUUAGCUGUUCAAGAAACCAAAUUGGAAGUUGUUGACAGGAAGCUAUGUAGGAAGGUGUGGGGGAUGGAGGAUUUUGACUGGUUAGCCAAACCAUCUAAGGGGUUGUCGGGCGGAUUGCUCUGUAUGUGGAAUAAAAAAAUUUUUAAAAUGGAUGAGGUGUUAGAAGGGGACCAUUUCAUCGGGGCUUUUGGUUUAUGGGGGGAAGAGGAAGUUCCGGUAUACAUCCUGAAUAUUUAUUCUCCUUGUGAGUUGUCUGGGAAGAGGGCUCUGUGGGAAGAGCUGCAGAUUCUGAUCUCCAAUAGGAAAGGCAACUGGGUUUUAGGGGGGGACUUUAAUGCUGUCCGAAGCUCAGGGGAACGGGCAGGGUCCAAUGGGUUGUCCAGAGAAAUGAAAGACUUUGAUAGUUUCAUAAUCGGAGCUGGGUUGGUAGAUUUGCCUAUGGCAGGGAGGAAAUACACCUGGUAUAAUGCUAAUGGACAAUACAUGAGCAGGAUUGACAGAUUCCUGGUUUCAGAGGAUUGGCUUUUGAGAUGGUGCGACGUAAAACAGUGGGGGUUAAAUCGAACUGUUUCAGACCAUUGCCCUGUCUUAUUGAAAAAUGAGCGGGUGGAUUGGGGCCCAAAGCCCUUCAAGUUUUUUGAUGCUUGGUUGCAGGUGCCUGGAUGCAAGGAGCUGAUUAGAAAUACUUGGAACUCUACGGCAGUGGAGGGAUGGUAUGGGUUCAAGCUCAAGGAGAAAUUAAAAUGUGUAAAGUCAGCGUUGAAAGAAUGGAGCAGGAACUCAGUGACAGAGGUGGAAAGGAAAAUAACUGAAGCUGAGAGAGUGAUAGCCCAUAUGGACGAAAAAGGAGAGAAGGGUCAUUUGUCGCCUACUGAAAUUGAGAAGAGGAGAAGUUGCUUCCUUGAACUAUGGAAGAACCUCAAACUAAAAGAGAACAUGUGGCAGCAAAAAUCAAGAUUGAUGUGGUUAAAAGAAGGUGACGCAAACACCAAAUUCUUCCAUAGGUGUGUGACGGGUAGAAGGAGAAAAAAUGAAAUCAAUAGCAUCCAGAUUAAUAGUGAACAACUUAAGGGGGUGGGUGAAAUUAAAGAAAAAAUGGCGGAUUAUUUUGAGCAGCUUUUUAAAGAAGACAAGUGGCAGAGACCCAAGCUAGACGGCAUCAGCUUCCGGCAGAUUGGAGAGGCAGACAACGAACCCCUCAUAUCAACAUUCUCUGAAGAAGAAAUCAAAAAUGCUGUUUGGGAUUGUGGUUCGUCAAAGUCUCCAGGCCCAGAUGGAUUUAAUUUCAACUUUGUGAAGAGCAUGUGGGAAGAUAUAAAACCAGAGAUUGUAGGUUUCAUUAGAGAGUUCCAGGAACAAGGAAGGCUAGUAAGAGGAUCAAACGCCUCUUUCAUAACUCUAAUCCCGAAAGUGGAAAACCCCCAAAGGAUUGAAGAAUACAGGCCAAUCUCACUUAUCGGAGUUAUGUACAAGAUAAUUGCGAAGCUACUAGCAAAUCGCCUCCGAAAAGUGCUGGACAAAGUCAUCGGGGAGCAACAAAUGGCAUUCAUCGAAGGGAGGCAGUUGGUUGAUGGCGUGGUUAUUGCAAAUGAAGUGAUUGAUGAGGCGAAGAGGAAAAAGAAGAGCAGCUUCUUGUUCAAGGUCGAUUUUGAAAAAGCAUACGAUAAGGUGUGCUGGGAUUUCUUAGACUAUAUGCUGAUGAGGUUGGGCUUCUGCAACACUUGGAGAAUGUGGAUACAAGAGUGUCUACAAUCCAGCACGGUCUCAGUUCUAGUCAAUGGAAGCCCGUCUAGACAAUUCUCAGUUAGCAAGGGACUUCGCCAAGGAGACCCAUUAUCUCCCUUCCUAUUCCUGAUAAUAGCGGAAGGAUUGAAUGGGCUAAUGUCUUCUGCAGUUGAAAAAGAGCAAUUUAAGGGCGUGACAGUUGGCAAGGAUGCGGUAAUGGUCACCCACCUUCAAUUCGCAGAUGAUACCAUCUUUUUUGGGGAAGCAUCAGAAAACAACAUCAUGGUGAUUAAAAGUUUAUUGAGGACUUUUGAGCUGCUCUCCGGAUUGAAAAUUAAUCUUCAAAAGAGCCAACUUAUGGGUAUCAAUGUCGAAGACAGCUGGGAAAGCAAAAUGGCCUAUAGAUUAUGCUGCAAAAAAGGGGAAUUUCCAUUUAAAUACUUGGGAAUUCCCAUCGGGGGUAGCCAUAGAAGGCUCUCAAUGUGGCAGCCCUUGUUGGAGUCUUUUAAAAAGAAGUUGACAAGUUGGAAGGGCCGGCAUCUUUCUCUUGGGGGUCGAAUCACGCUCAUCAACUCGGUGCUGUCCAGUUUGCCUGUGUUUUUAAUGUCAGUUUACCUCCUGCCAAAAGGUACUAUCAAAGCUAUUGACAAAAUCCGUAAGAGUUUCCUCUGGGGUGGGGAGGGAGAAAGGAAAAGAAUUAAUUGGGUCAGUUGGAAGAAGGUGUGCUUGCCAAAAGAGUGUGGAGGGUUGGGAGUGAGAGACCUAGGGUAUUUUAAUUUGUCACUAAUGGGUAAAUGGUGGGGGAGACUAGCAGCAAAAGAGGAGGGUUUAUGGAGGAAAGUGAUUGCAAGCAAAUACAGUGAGGGAGGGGGGCACUGGAUGGAUUGGGUUAGGAAUGGUGCAGGGGACUGUUCUUCUUGGUGGAGAGAUGUCAAAAGGACAGAUAAAGCAGAUGGGGAAUCCUCGGGGUGGCUAGCAGAGGGCUUUAGAUUGAAGGUAGGAGAAGGGAAGGAAGUAAGCUUCUGGUGGGACGAGUGGUGCGGGGAGAUUUGUCUAGCUAAUAAAUUCCCGAGAUUGUAUCUUUUAUCUGAAGGAAAGGAGAAAGAGUGCUGCAAAAUGGGAACUAUGUGCAAUGGAACGUGGAAAUGGAACAUUACAUGGAGAAGGAAGUUGUUCGAAUGGGAAGAAGAGGCAGCAAAGGAACUGAGUACGAUGAUUGAGGGUGUGAAGAUAUAUCCUGGACGUCCUGAUGAGUGGGAGUGGAUUCUUAGCAAGGAUUCUCGCUACUCAACCAAGACGGCGUACUCGUUCUUGACAAAGGAGCCGAGGUGCCUGACUCAAGAAAAAGUCUUCAGGAGAGUAUGGAACCCCAUCCUCCCGACCAAGAUAUCAGCCUUCAACUGGCAACUGCUGCUCAAUAGACUGCCAACCAAGUCUAACUUGUUGAAACGAGGUUUUAGCGUAAUCAUGGGUGAUGGCAAUUGCAUCCUGUGUCAAGAAGAGGAAGAAGACGCAACCCAUCUAUUUCUGAAAUGCAAAAAUGUAAGAUGGAUAUGGAAGGAGUGUGCUAGGUGGUGGGGGAUCAAUUUAGAGAUACAAGAGGACUGCUGGAAGACAUUUGAAAAGCCUGGGGCGUGGACCAAAAACUCGAAGAUCAGAAAAGGUUGGGAUUGUACCUGGAGCGCAACGGUAUGGUCCAUAUGGCUAAUGCGGAACCAAAGAAUCUUCCAGAACCAAGAGAUGGAUCCGGAUGGUUUUUCUCGUCACGGGCUCGGUGUCGACACUUUGUGGGGGUGUCGACACCCUGCUUCUCCACUUAUAACUGGAGAUGAACGUCCCCAACAAAGGGCACUUGAUUAUAUGAAGGCAUCUCAGGAAGGGGAACUCAAAGUAAUUUCAAGAGCAGAAUCUUGUGAGUUUGGGAAGGCCUUCAAGAUUCAAUCGGACUUGAGCUUAAAAACGGGCCAAGUGCAUGCUUCGGCCCGUUUUGAGAGUUGGCCCGUCCAAACCCGUUUGACUCGUUUCACCUGCGCCAACCGCCCAACCCAUUCCACUCGCCGGGCACCACCUCAUCUCCUUCGUGAGCAGCCGCAGCAAAAGCAACCUGGUCUCCCUUCACCUCCAUCGAAACCAAGAGUCCAUGGUAACAGACCUAACGAAAGAAAUAUAGAUGUCGAGACCACGGUGCUUGACGGAGCAGUCCAAACACAUGAAAAUGCCAUAGGAGAUCGAAGCCCAUUACAAAUUCUUUUGGGCAUAGUCGACGUAGAUCUUGUUCCCUGGUUGAGAUUAGAGGUCAUGCAACCGUCUUGACGCCACCAUCUGAAUCCGAUCUCAACCAAUUCUUGGAGAUUGAAAACGAAGAGGAUAGAUCAAGCUCUAGAAAAAAAAGGAUCAAAAGAAGGAUAUAAAACAAGAUUCAGAAA